CAGCUAUCGAUCGGUGGGGCUCCUUAUCGCUGUAUCCCUGCUUCUUUAAGCAUAUUCCUACGUAGUGUCUAAUCGGAGCAGCCAGAGCUGCAUACCUGAAUAGUGUAUUCUUUCAGGAUAUCGAGGUAUAGCCCGGGGAGCACUCGCUGUCUGCCCGGGGAACGUUUCAAAGCUCUUCGUUUCCCUCUUCCCAUUCCCAAACUCUCAUCUAUCAUACACCGAUUGAAUUAGUCAUUGAAAAUGGAUCUGACUGGAAUAUCUGCGUUUCCGGACCUGGAGUUGCUUCCCAAUUUUCUCGACAGAGUCGCAACAGAGGAUCCAACUAGAGUUUGGAUAUCCUGCCCAAAUGACGUCAAUGACUUGUCUAAAGGCUUUCGAGACUAUACGACUCGCGAAUUAGCAAAUUGGGUGAAUCAUGCAUCAUGGUUCCUCGACAAGCACCUUGGCAAGGUUCGAGAAGGCAAGCUACCGACAGUCGCGUAUAUUGGGCCAUCCGACAUCCGAUACUUACUUGUGCCGAUUGCUUUGGCCAAGUGUGGUUACGAGUCAAUCCCACUUUCUGAUCUUGUCUCGGCUGAAGUGCGCGUAUUUCUCUGCGAGGAAGCAGGAUGUAACAUCCUAGUUUGUGCUCAGGGGUUUGGAGAUAACGAGGUCGCGUCUCGUGAGACGAUGAAGCGUGUUAUCUUCCCUGAGCUGGAUGAAUUGUUUACGCCGGCGAAUGCGCCACUCUAUCCAUUUGAAAAGACUCUGGAAGAGGUUCUGAACGAUCCCUUCUUCAUCUUGCACACAUCUGGCUCGUCCAGCCCGAAAGGCUUCCCAACGAUGAUACGUUACCCUCACGGCUCAUGCUCGCUCAAUGGACUCCUUAAGCACAUCCCUGACUAUGACGGCCUCCCUAGUCUGUACAAUGUUAUGAGCAAAUCAUCUAGAACUUAUACUGGAUUCCGUAUCACUCAUGCUGGGGGAUUCUUUUUCGCCUUUCGCCAGAUUUACAUGGGCGUGACCGUUGUAGUCGGGGGUGAUGAUCAAGGUUCGAUGAGGGCUAUUGAAGGAGUGAUCGACUAUGGACGGAUUGACAGUGCGGCUUUGGUGCCCAACAGUCUGAAGGAGAUCAGCGAAUCUCCGAGAAUGCUGGAGAAGCUAUCAAAGUUGAAGUGGGUUAUAUCUUCUGGAGCCAUGUUGCCCAAACAAGUCGGCGAUACAAUCUGUAAGAAGGUUCAUCUGAUCAGCGUAUAUGGUUCGACCGAAGCCAUUAGUACCACGUACUGGAUACUUCCCACAGAAGAUUGGGAGUAUAUCUACAACAAUCCAGGAUUUGAUAACUUCCAAUUCGAAGAGAGCGGAGAGAACCUUUUUGAAGCCGUAUACUAUAAGCAUUCUGAUCCGGCUCUCCGCCUUCAUCAGGGUGUUUUCUGGUGCCUCCCUGAUCUCGACAGAUGGUCAAUGAAAGACCUCUUUGCCCCACACCCUACCAGGAAGAAUGCUUGGAAGUAUGUCAGUCGCGCUGACGAGCUUGUCAUCAUGGAAAACGGCUACAAGCUCCUCCCAACGCCCUUUGAAGAAGAAGUCCUUGGGAAAGACCCCCGCAUCAAGAGCGCCAGUAUCUACGGAACGGCUAAGGAGCAUCUCGCUGUUAUCAUCGAGCUUGUCGACCCUCCACCACCUUCUUACUUUAAGAAUAAGGCCAAAGAAAUGAUAAGUGGGACAACGGUAGAUGCUAGUGAUCCCAUUGUCGAUGAAAUUUGGCCUGUAGUCCAAACUGUUAACGACGAGUUAACGAAGUUCUCUACGAAGACCAGUCAGGUCCCCAAGCAUGCUGUCAUCAUUGCAAACCCGGAACGGCCACUUCCGAGGACAGGAAAGGGGGGGGUACAAAAAGGGCUGACUGAGAAACUGUAUCGGGGGGAAUUGAAUUGGGCAUUUAGGGCUUGAGCGCAGGGGUUGCACAUACCAUAGGACAUUUGAAUAGAAGUGCAAGAAUAUGGUAGACCUAGAUUCUAUCUCAGCCUCAUCGCUCAUUUAUUAUGUGCACCGAAGGAAUACAUUUAUACUGUCUCGGCGCCUGCUGGCUCGCUACUUCAGUUGAUACUACCCUAUCUCAUAACCGAACAAUGCGG